AUGGCGGGGCUCCAGGCCCGGCGAGGCCCGAGUCCCGGGCUGCUGGCGCUGUCCACGCUCAGCUUCUGCCUACUGCUGCAUGUCAGUGCCAAGAGGCCCCCCAAGACGCCCCCCUGCCCGCCCAGCUGCUCCUGCACCAGGGACACCGCCUUCUGCGUGGACUCUAAGGCAGUGCCCAGGAACCUGCCCUCGGAGGUCAUCUCCUUGACCCUGGUGAAUGCUGCCUUCUCAGAGAUCCAGGAUGGAGCCUUCUCCCACCUGCCGCUGCUGCAGUUCUUGUUACUCAACUCCAACAAGUUUACGCUGAUUGGAGACAAUGCCUUCAUGGGACUGUCGCACCUGCAGUACCUCUUCAUUGAGAACAAUGACAUCUGGACACUAUCCAAGUUUACCUUCAGAGGACUCAAGUCCUUGACACACCUCUCACUGGCCAACAAUAACCUGCAGACACUGCCCAGAGACAUCUUUCGACCCCUGGACAUCCUGAGUGACUUAGACCUGCGGGGGAACGCGCUCAACUGCGACUGCAAGGUGAAGUGGCUGGUGGAGUGGCUGUCGCACACCAACACCACUGUGGCCCCCAUCUACUGUGCCAGCCCACCCCGCUUCCAGGAACACAAGGUGCAGGACCUGCCACUGCGGGAGUUUGACUGCAUCACCACGGAUUUUGUGCUGUACCAGACCCUGUCCUUCCCAGCUGUGUCGGCUGAGCCCUUCCUUUACUCCAGUGACCUCUAUGUGGCACUGGCCCAGCCAGGUGCCAGUGCCUGCACUGUCCUUAAGUGGGACUACGUCGAACGGCAGCUUCGAGACUAUGAUAGAAUCCCAGCCCCUUCGGCAGUGCACUGCAAGCCGAUGGUGGUGGACAGCCAGCUGUACGUGGUCGUGGCCCAGCUCUUUGGCGGCUCUUACAUUUACCACUGGGAUCCCAACACCACGCGCUUCACCAAGCUGCAGGACAUCGAUCCCCAGCGUGUGCGCAAGCCCAAUGAUCUAGAAGCCUUCCGCAUCGAUGGUGACUGGUACUUUGCUGUGGCUGACAGCUCCAAGGCAGGUGCCACCAGCCUCUACCGCUGGCACCAGAAUGGCUUCUACUCCCACCAGGCCCUGCACGCUUGGCACCGUGACACUGAUCUGGAGUUUGUGGAUGGUGAGGGCAAGCCGCGGCUGAUCGUGUCCAGCAGCUCCCAGGCACCUGUCAUCUAUCAGUGGAGUCGCACCCAGAAGCAGUUUGUGGCCCAGGGUGAGGUGACCCAGGUGCCUGAUGCCCAGGCUGUGAAACACUUUCGUGCCGGCCGCGACAGCUACUUAUGCCUCAGCCGCUACAUCGGUGACUCCAAGAUCCUACGCUGGGAGGGCACCCGCUUCUCUGAGGUGCAGGCCCUGCCCUCCCGAGGUUCACUGGCCCUGCAGCCCUUCCUGGUGGGUGGCCGCCGCUACCUGGCGCUGGGCAGUGACUUCUCCUUCACCCAGAUCUACCAGUGGGACGAGGGGCGACAGAAAUUUGUGCGGUUCCAGGAGCUGGCUGUGCAGGCUCCUCGGGCCUUCUGCUACAUGCCUGCUGGGGAUGCCCAGCUGCUCCUGGCCCCCAGCUUCAAGGGACAGACACUGGUGUACCGACAUGUAGUGGUGGAUCUCAGUGCCUAA